CAUCUCACUGGAGAUCUCUCGAUCUAAGUCGGUUUCUAUCGAUCUCGAACAGUUUCAGAAAAUGGCAAAGACAAGAGGAGGAGGUCAAGUUGCUGCUCGUCGUAGUAGGCGUAAUCAAGGCUUGGAGGUAGAAGAUGUUGCUCCUGCAACAACACUAAAGGUUAAUAAGAAGGUGAAUAAGAAGAAAACAGCAAAUAAAGUGGCUCGGAGAAGAAGUAGUACUAGAGCCAAGAAAGUGGCUGCUGUAGAUGAUGAGGUAGAAGAUGUUACACCGAAAGUGGCUGCUGUAGAUGAUGAGGGCCAGGAGGAGGAUGAAGAAGAAGUUGCCAAUAUAGAAGAAGAAGCUUGUUUGACUGGACAGGACCAGCAGGAGUAUCAUCAAGAAGAAGCUGCCACUAUGGAAGUAGCUGCGAAUAAUGAAGAAGUUGCCAAUAAGGAAGAAGAUGGUGUUGGCAAUGGUCAAGAUAAAGCGAUUCCUACCAACACUGAUGAAGGAAGUCAGUGUGAAAAUCCUAAUGAAAGGGUUUCAGUUUCUUUCACUGACUUUGGUGAUCAUGUUGGAACUGGUUCAGUAAGAUUAUCAUCUUUUCUUGGUGUCCUCGUGAGUCAAUUCAUUCCGGUUACAAUUUCUGAUUGGAGACAAGUUGAUGCAGCGACUAAAGAAACAUUGUGGGAACAAAUUCAGGGGAGGUUUGACAUGGAAGAAGAAUGGAAAAAAGCUGUUAUUAUGAAGCAAAUGUGUAAUAUCUUUAGGGGUAUGAAGUCAAGGCUAGUGACAAAAGUACGUGCUGCUGAGACAGCUGCUGAUAUACUAGCUUUAAAACCCAGCAACAUCCCAUCCAUUCAAGUGUGGAACUCUUGGGUUAAGAGCAAGACUAGCAAAGCUUUUACGGAAGUAAGUAACAAGAUGAGGAAGUUGAGACAUGAUCAGAUUCCUCAAACCUCCAGCCGCAAAGGAUUGGUUCGUUUAGCUGAUGAUAUGAAAAAAAAGAGUUCAAACCCAAGUAAGGUGACUAGGACUAAGGUAUGGUUAGCGGGACACACUCAUGCUGAUGGUAGACCUGUGAAGCCUCAAUUUGCUGAGACUAUUAAACAAAUACAAUCACUUGAUAGUGAAAUGGACUCUACAUCAGCUGCUGAUAACAUAAGGGAAGAUGCUGUGAGCCAGAUUUUGGGAAAAGACAAACCUGGACGAGUAAGGGGGUUUGGUAGAGGGAUUACGGCUACUAAGUUAGCGUUUAUGCAAGCUAGAGACGCAAAAAUGGCAGAAAUGAAAAGUGAGAUUGAUGAGUUGAAGGGAAUGUUUAGAAACUUAGCUGGAAAGAAGAAAAGUUAUUGUGACACUGAAACAUGUGAGACUGAAACAUGUGAGAGUAGUGGUGUAUUCAAAGUAGGAGAUAGAGUACAACUACUGGAUUGGAUUCAUUCAAGAGAAGUAGUUGUUGGUGAAGGAGAAUUCUGUUCUGAUGAACAGAUGUACAAAAUUGGUCGUAUACCAAUUGGUCCUAAUGCAGUGGCUGUCAUUGUUAGUUCUGUACUAAGCUCAACAGCUUCUCUCUGGAGGCCUACAUCAGAUGUGUUAUAUCUUAAGGAAGCUGUUGGAUGCAAAAUAUCUUGGCCAAUGGACAAAGUGCUUAGGGUUCCAUUCACUUCUGAAGAUGUAUCCUUAGGGCCAAACAAGGAAGGUGAAACUCGAAGCUGCAAAAUAUUUGAUUGGGAAAAUAUAGAGAAUGAUGAGCUUAUUGCUGAAGGUAUCGUGUGCUCAUCUAACUCCAAAGAGAGGGUUAACAAUAUUCCUCUAGGUCCGGGUGCUGUUAGUCUUCAAGUUGUGAAGGUGUUCAAUUUUAAUGCUCCUUUGUGGAGGCCAACUGCUGAUAUUAGUGUAAUUGGUGAAGCAAUUCAUGAGAAAAUCGCAUGGCCAGUCCUAAAGAUUGAUGUCACGGCUGCAGCCACUCCAGAACCAACACUAACUAAAUCAGUGAGUCCAGGCAGCAAUAGUUCCACCAAAAGUCCAAAGCAGAAGUGUGUUCUUUUGGACUGCAACAAUUCUGGUCGUAUUGUAGCUGAAGGAAGAGUGAUGUCAACAGAUCCAGAAGAUAAGUGCCAUAAUGUGCCCCUCGGUCCAAAUGCAAGCAAGGUCUCUGUAGAUUUGAUUAAGAUUGGUAAUGCAAAGGUCUGGAGGCCAAAUUCAGAGUUUGUGUUCAUUUCUGAUGCAGUAGGUUCAGUUGUACCUUGGCCAACCGAGAAAGUGAAGAAUACUAUCGAGUACUCAGAAGGAGCAACGAAUUUCGCCAAUUCAUCUGCAAGAAGAUUGGGAAAUCUGUCUGAAAUGCUAUGCCCAUGUAGAGAUUGCCGCAAUUUAUGCCAUCAGUCUAUAGAGGUAAUUGCUGAGCAUAUAGUGCUUAGGGGUGUAUUCAAAGUAGGAGAUAGAGUACAGCUACUGGAUUGGAUUCAUUCAAGAGAAGUAGUUGUUGGUGAAGGAGAAUUCUGUUCUGAUGAACCGAUGUACAAAAUUGGUCGUAUACCAAUUGGUCCUAAUGCAGUGGCUGUCAUUGUUAGUUCUGUACUAAGCUCAACAGCUUCUCUCUGGAGGCCUACAUCAGAUGUGUUAUAUCUUAAGGAAGCUGUUGGAUGCAAAAUAUCUUGGCCAAUGGACAAAGUGCUUAGGGUUCCAUUCACUUCUGAAGAUGUAUCCUUAGGGCCAAACAAGGAAGGUGAAACUCGAAGCUGCAAAAUAUUUGAUUGGGAAAAUAUAGAGAAUGAUGAGCUUAUUGCUGAAGGUAUCGUGUGCUCAUCUAACUCCAAAGAGAGGGUUAACAAUAUUCCUCUAGGUCCGGGUGCUGUUAGUCUUCAAGUUGUGAAGGUGUUCAAUUUUAAUGCUCCUUUGUGGAGGCCAACUGCUGAUAUUAGUGUAAUUGGUGAAGCAAUUCAUGAGAAAAUCGCAUGGCCAGUCCUAAAGAUUGAUGUCACGGCUGCAGCCACUCCAGAACCAACACUAACUAAAUCAGUGAGUCCAGGCAGCAAUAGUUCCACCAAAAGUCCAGAGCAGAGGUGUGUUCUUUUGGACUGCAACAAUUCUGGUCGUAUUGUAGCUGAAGGAAGAGUGAUGUCAACAGAUCCAGAAGAUAAGUGCCAUAAUGUGCCCCUCGGUCCAAAUGCAAGCAAGGUCUCUGUAGAUUUGAAUAAGAUUGGUAAUGCAAAGGUCUGGAGGCCAAAUUCAGAGUUUGUGUUCAUUUCUGAUGCAGUAGGUUCAGUUGUACCUUGGCCAACCGAGAAAGUGAAGAAUACUAUCGAGUACUCAGAAGGAGCAACGAAUUUCGCCAAGUCAUCUGCAAGAAGAUUGGGAAAUCUGUCUGAAAUGCUAUGCCCAUGUAGAGAUUGCCGCAAUUUAUGCCAUCAGUCUAUAGAGGAAAUUGUUGAGCAUCUAGUGCUUAGGGGUAUGGAUAAGAAGUAUAAGACUUCUUGUUGGAAUUUUCAUGGUGAAAAAAGAGCAGAUACAGAAGACAAUGCUCCUCAACAUGAAACAGAGGCAUUUGACUUGUUUAAGACAGCAUUUUCUAUGGGUGAAGCCUUAGGAACAUUGUCUGGAUGUAAAGUGAAAGGGAAACAAGCUUGCAAUGUAUGUGGAAAGCAUACACCUUCCAGAUGGCUUAAGUUUAGCCGUAAGUUUGUCUAUAUGGGGAAUAGAAAGAGACUACCGCCUGGCCAUCGUUACAGAUAUAAAAAAGCUUGGUUUGACAACACUGUUGAGGAAGGGACUGCCAAUAGGAUACAAACUGGCUCUGAAAUAUAUGAGACACUACAAGCUUUUAGGAAUGAUUUUGGAAAACCUCUAGAUAAGGAAAGUAAAAGAAAAAGAACUGAGUUGGAUCAAGAUGAGGUGGUUGAAGAAGAAGAGUAUGAAGAAUCAAAUGAUAUAUGGCGGUGGAAGAAGAGAUCAAUAUUCUUUGAACUACCUUACUGGAAGGAUUUGCUUGUUCGUCACAAUAUUGAUGUUAUGCACGUAGAAAAGAACGUCUCAGAUGCUAUAUUGUCUAUCUUGAUGCAAAGUGCUAAGUCAAAAGAUGGUUUGAAAGCAAGAAAAGACUUAGAAGAUAUUGGAAUCAGAAAUCACUUGCACACAGAGGUCCGGGGAAAGAAAACAUACUUACCUCCAGCAGCCUAUUGGUUAUCCAAGAAAGAGAAGACAAUUUUCUGCCAAAGAUUAUCUAAGUUUAGAGGUCCUGAUGGUUAUUGUGGUAAUAUUGCAAAUAGUGUUUCAGUUACCCCUCCAAAUAUAGGUAGUUUAAAGUCGCAUGAUCAUCAUGUCCUAGUACAGAACUUGUUACCAGCUGCAUUAAGAGGGUUGUUACAUAAGGGUCCUAGGAUUGCCAUAAAUAGAUUAUGCAGUUACUUCAACAGGUACAUGAAAACACUUAAGGCUUUUGUUAAGAAUCAUGCAAGGCCAGAAGCAUGUAUGGCUGAGGGGUAUUUAGCUGGAGAAUGCGUUGCAUUUUGUUUAGAGUUCCUUAAAGAUUCAGUACCAGUUCAAGAAACAGUUAAUCGCAAUGAAGAUAUUGAGGCUGAUAGAAGCGUGGUUGAAGGUCGACCUCUGCAGAAGGGUAUAGAAGUUACCCUAUCAGAUAAAGAUAGAGACAAUGCACAUCGCUAUGUGCUAAUGAACAUGGCAUCUUUGGAUCCUUAUGUCGAGAUGCAUUUGGAAGAAUUACAAGCUAAUGAUGCUCGAUGUGCUAAAAGUGAAACUUUGUUAUGGAAAAACCAUACUGAGCAGUUUGCACAAUGGCUUAAAAAAAAGAUUCAUUCAGACUCAAGAAAUAGUCAUUCUAAGGAGAUAAGGUGGUUGGCAUUUGGACCCAGAAAUGUUGCUUUAGCACAUAAAGGAUUUAUCGUUAAUGGGCAACGGUUUCAUACAGAUGCGGUUAAGCGGAAGACACAAAACAGUGGCAUAACUUAUGAAGCAUUUAGCAUGUGUAGAUCAAGUGCUCGAGAUAUGAGACAAGUCGCUAAUGUGCUUACAUAUUAUGGAGUGAUAAAGGAGAUUUUACUUAUGGACUAUGACAUGUUCAAAGUGCCGCUGUUUAGAUGCAAUUGGGCCAACACAGGGAAUGGUGUGAAGGAGGAAGAUGGUUUCACUCUUGUUAACCUUCAUAUGAACCAAACAGCCUAUUUGAAAGAUCCAUUCAUUCUACCUUCUCAAGCAAAACAGGUUUUCUAUUCUAGGGAAGAUGAUAAUUCAAAUUGGUAUGUUGUUAUGAGAGCACCACCUAGAGGCUAUCAUGAAUUGGAAACAGAAAAGGAUUUAGGUGGUGCACCUUUGCCUGUACAAGAAGUCGAUGAUUUGGAUGAUGAAGCUUUUGAUGAUGAUAGUGUUUAUGUUAGGGAUGAUUGUGAAGGCUUGUUAGUGGUAGAUUGAUAGGUAUGUUUGUGGUUUUUGUAAACAAUGAAAAUUGAAAUGGGUU